GAUGAUGGCGUCUGGAGGAAAGCGUGGUCCCUACAGAGAGUAUCUUCGGAACACGGAGAUGAUGCCAAGAAGAAUGAGACUUGAAGUUGAGGAAGCAAUCUAUCAAGAAAAGGAACUACCAAAAUAUUCUGAAAAUUUGGAAGAUGAGACGACAACAGACAUUUCCUUUCUUCAGUGGUCACCUGGCCACAGUAACAGAGAAGCAGAAAAUGUACCCGAUGAUGCUGAGUCACAGUGUUCAGUCUCGGCGGAAACCGAGUCUGUAUCUUCAAUUGAGCAAGAGAGCACCGGUCUACCUGAAGAUUGUCACGAAGACACUGAUUCCUUGUGUAGUCAAAUGAUUCUGACAAAGGAGAAGGAUCUGACAGAUGGAACUGGGCAGAGCAUUUCUUUGCUGGCCACUCUCAGUUUGAUCUGGAAGAGCCUGAAGUAAAUUAUGGGUCUGCAAGUUGUGACGGUAAUGUUGACACAGAUGCAGAUGAAAGAAUAUUUCCUGCCUGUCCAUUGACGUUAAAUUCGAGUGCAGUCCUUAUAAUGGAGUUCCUGGUUCACCAUAAGAUAUCUCAGAAGGCUGCCGAAGAUGUAGUCGAGCUUCUUACUGCUCACUUUCCUCCAGGGCAUAAAAUGCUUACAUCACUAUACAGGCUCAAGUCUCACUGGAGGAAGCAAUCUGCCGUGUCUAAAUAAGAAAAGAGACUUGUUUGCUCUAACUGUGAUACCAUAAUGCAAGAGAAUGAGCAACACUGUGGACAUCCUGAGUGCCUUGGUGUGUGUCGACCUCUUGAGUUUCUAGUCGUCAAGUUAAAAUUGAAACUGCUCUUGGACAGAUAUUCCGUGACCCUGCUUUUUGCUCUCAGCUGCCAAGAAAUUUUGAGGAGCAAUCGCUGUUUUCUGACAUCACCAGUGGGUCUAGCUACAGGUAUAUCACUAGGAUUGGGUACACCCAGACACCUCGGAGUAUAACACUGACCUUAAACACUGAUGGAGUUUCUAUUUUCAAAACAUCGAGAAGUGGUUCACUUUAGCCAGUAUACCUUACCGUGAGCUCUCACCUAAAUCUCGGUAUUCUGUGAAGUAUGUCAUCUUGUAUGCUUUGUGGUUCCAGCCUGGGAAGCCACCUAUUCAAGCUUUUCUUGACCCUCUCAUCCAGCAAAUUGGUGUGCUUUCAAGUGAAGGUGCUCUAUUUGAGACUGCUAGAGGAAUGCAGCAUUGUAGAGCUCGGCUUGUCUUGGUGACAUGUGACCUCCCAGCUAGGGCAAUGCUACUGUGCAUGAAAAAUUUUAAUGGCAUUGCUGUGUGUUUCUAUUGUUACCAUCCUGGAAUGACUAUUGGAGAUGACCAUCUACAUCAGUACUGGCCGUACGAUGGUACUUUAGAGAGAAGAAGGCAUGAAUCUAUGAAACAAGAUGUUAUAACUGCAACUGCAACUAACUCAGCAUGUCGUGGUAUGCUUCCUGUGGUUUCUCCCUUAAUAGCAGCACCGGGUUUCAACAUGGUUGACAAUGUUACAAUUGAUUAUAUGCAUGUAGUGUGUCUUGCAUUGUUUGGGCACUUCUUGAUAUGUGGUUGACUCAACGAUCUGAAUCUUACUUUAUUGGUGAUAAGGUUGUGUUUCUGGAUAGACGCCUUCUUUGCAUAUGUCCACCGAUCGUUAUCAAUCGCAGUCCACACACUAUGAAGGAAUUCUGUACUUGGAAAGCUAAUGAGCUUCGCUCCUGGCUAUUCCAUUGGUCAUUGCCUGUCUUACGUGGAGUUUUCCCAACAGAAUACUUUGUCCAUUAUUCUUUGCUGGUGAUUGGUUGCCGAUUGCUUUGUCAAAGUUAUGUAUCAAGAGAGCAAAUGGAAGAGGCUCGUAAACUGCUGCUGAAGUUUUAUCAAAUUUACAAACUUUUAUAUGGCACGAAAGCAGUGAAAGUACACCUUCUGCAACAUUUGCCGGAUGUUGUAGAGAAGUGGGGUGCUUUGUGGGGUCAUUCCUACUUUUGGUAUGAGUCCCUAGGUGGUGUUCUUAAAAGGUUUGUACACGGCACACGAUUUGUUUGCAGCCAGGUUGCCUCAAUUGUUAUGAUCAUUAAUACCAUUUCAGAUGUGCUACCAUCACUGACUGACCAGCUAUUAGCACCACCUGUAGUUUGUUUGGCUACAAAAUUUGGACUGAUGUGGUCCCCUUUCGAAGUGAAAGAUUCUGUGAAAGCUUUUUGUCUACCGAAUCUGUUUGUUGACCCAAUCAAUGUUGUUUUGAGGAGGCUUGGCAACGAGGAACUUUGUUGUGGUUCGCCUGUCAAAACUGUUGGGAGACUGAAACUAGCUGGUCAUGUGAUACAAUCAAAGAAAAGUCACGCGACAAAGAAAAAUUCUUAUAAUGUCAAAUUUACCGAAUGUCAUGAAGAACAGCCGUUGUUUGGUUAUGUAUUACUCUUUAUCAUUUUUGGAUGUGAACGGUUUGCUGUUAUUCAAUGGCUCAAUUAAAAUGGAGGAGUGGCCAUUAUUGCAUAAUGACGAUGACUGCAUGACUGAUGUUGUUGAUGCUUACAGGAAUCUUCGGGAGCCGAUCGGAAAGCAUUUACUUCCUUCUCAAGAGACUCGGGACCUGGUAGCAAUUCCUGUAGGAGACAUAACAGCUCAAGUAGUCUGUAUGAAAAUGUUAGGUUUAAGCUGUAUUUUUUUGUCUCGAUUUCUUAACAUCAUUGAGUGUGAUCGAGUUGUGAAAUACUCAAGAAA